GUGAACAUGAUAAAAGCGUGUUCAACGUUUCUUCUAAUUUGUAUUGUGAACAAUGAAGCGGCAAGGAUAUUGGGUUAUUUUCCCACACCCUCCGUGAGUCAUCAGGUAGUCUUUCAACCAUUGAUGGCAGAACUGGCAAAACGUGGGCAUGACGUCACAGUUAUCACGACCGAUCCCAUCUCUCCGCAGAAGAAAUUUCAUGCCAAUCUCACUGAAGUUGAUUUACAUAAUUUAUCAUACACAAUCUGGAGAGAGGCAGUCUACAAUGCUGAAACAACGUCAGGAAAGAAAAGUGAUAUUGUUAGACAAAUAAAAGUUUUAUACAAUCUGAUAACAGAUAUAUCGGAAAAACAAUUGUACACUAGUGAAGUUCAAAGUAUAAUUGGCAACAAGAAAGAUAAAAUUGAUUUGCUAUUCAUUGAAUCAUUGUGGAGACCUGGUCUCGGAUUAUCGUAUAUACACAAAGCCCCAGUUAUACUUAUAAGUUCAUUUCUACCAAUGUACAACAACAUGGAGGCUAUUGGAAGUCCAACGCAUCCUAUACUUUACCCAAUGCUGUUCCGGCAAAAGCUUAGUAAUCUUACGAUUUGGGAUAAACUAACAGAAUUAUACAAUCAUUACUCUUUCAUAAAUAUGUUUGAUAACGCUGAAGAAAAACAAAAUGAAAUGAUGAAAAGAGUUUUCGGCCCUAAUAUUCCGCCUCUUAGUGAAUUAUACAAUAAUAUAGAUAUGUUGUUUUUAAAUGCCCAUCCAAUUUGGGAUUCAAAUCGUCCUGUACCACCAAGUGUUAUUUAUUUAGGAGGAUUACAUCGCAAACCAAUAAAAGAACUACCAAAGGAACUUAAAUCAUACUUGGAUGCCUCUAAGCAUGGUGUAAUAUAUAUAAGUUAUGGUACGAAUGUAAGUCCAUCGCAUUUGCCACCUGAGAAGAUACAAAUGCUCGUGAAUGUGUUCUCUCGUCUGCCAUAUGACGUAAUAUGGAAGUGGGACAAAGACGAAUUACCGGGACGCUCGAAAAAUAUCAAAAUAUCCAAAUGGCUGCCGCAGUCUGACCUUCUCAGGCAUCCAAAAGUGUUAUUAUUUGUAACACAAGGAGGUUUGCAAUCAACUGAUGAAGCUAUAGCCGCCGGGGUCCCGUUGAUUGGUAUGCCGAUGCUGGGAGACCAGUGGUACAACGUGGAACAAUACAUACGUCAUGGUAUAGGACUGAGGCUGGAUAUGGAGGACCUUACUGAGGAUAAAUUUUAUAAUGCCAUCAACAUCACUAUUAGUGAUGAGAGUUACCGUCACAAUAUCGCCAAACUUCGUACCCUGAUGGCCGACCAGCCCCAAACACCACUGGAGCGCGCCGUGUGGUGGACCGAACACGUCCUACGUCACGGCGGCGCGCGACACCUGCGCUCGCCCGCAGCCAACAUGUCCUGGACAGAAUAUCUGGAACUAGAAUUAGUAAUAUAUUUACUGAUAGGGCUGUCAUCUGUGAUAUUUAUCAGUGUUAUAUCUAUUUAUUACAUAUUAUUAUUUAUAAAAAAUAAUUAUUAUAGUAAUAAAAAAUUGAAAGACAAUUAA